AUGGCUGCAAGAGACUUUACGGCUCAGCUACUCGUACUGUUGAGGACAAUUCGGCACGUGCAGUUGAGUGACGAAGCGCUGGUAUCCAAUCUGUCUCAGUUUCCGCUCAAAGUUUUGUCUGCAGUCGCAGAUCAGAUAACACAUGAUGGCUCCGAGAGGGAGGCUGGUGCACUGAGAGAGGUUUUACGCAUUGCUACAGCCUCUCCAAGCUAUGGCGGUAUGGGGCUGCUGGCGGGUAACGUCUUGGCGGAGGAUGAAGUUGAACUGCUGCUACUGGCUUCUGCCUGGCUUGAGUCGCUGAAUUCGGCCGAUCGAUCACGGAAACCUCUGGCUCCCUUUGCAGUUAGACCUGCCAACCGUCCUCCUAUGAACGUGACAGAAAAGAUCUUUGCCUUUCACGACGUCUUGCGGAAGGGUUGGGUCCGACCUGGAGAGGCCAUUCUAGUUUCUGUGGACUGGGUUUUGUCUAGCGAGGCGAGCUGGCACAACAUGCUCAAGGUUUAUCAGAAAAUGGGAGAUCCUGGCAUCUUCCGCAACGAUCGCUUCUGGCUGGCUGGUGAUCACGUCGUGGACCCCCGCCUGAUGGACCAGCCGCUUGUCCAAGAGCUCGUUGAUGAGAUGGACAUGGCCCGGAAAAAGUUCAAGUUGACACAGUUUCAGGGCAGCAACUACACCAUCAUGCACACAGAGUUCCACCGCGAACGAGCGCAGCCUGGCCAGCUCAUCAUAGGCUCCGACUCGCACACAUGCAGCGCCGGCGCUGAUGGGUGCUUAGCCAUUGGCCUGGGUGCUGCCGAGGUUACCAUGGCGCUGGUGACAGGCGAGAUCUGGUUCAAGGUGCCAGAGGUUGUUGAAAUCCGUCUUGUUUCCAAGCCUCGACGGGGGAUUGGCGGCAAAGAUAUUAUUCUUCACAUCCUCAAGGAGCUGAAGCGCAACACUGUUGCCAGUUCUCGUAUCGUCGAGUAUACUGGCCCUGGAUGUAGAUGGCUAAGCGCCGAUGCCAGGUUUGCCAUUACCAACAUGACGACGGAGUUUGGGGGAAUCACAGGAAUUUUCGCACCCGACCGGAUAACGGAGCAGUUUGUCCAAUCCCGAAAGACGGCCCGCCACAAGUCCGAUUCAGUCUUCUUCAAAGCUGACUCAGGCUGCUCAUAUGCCGUCUCGCAUACCAUCGAUCUCUCACAAGUAGAAACAACCAUUGCGCGUUAUCCGAGCCCCGACAAUGUGGUCUGCGUAUCCGACAUGGCCGGGUCCAAACUGGACGGCGUCUUUAUCGGCGCAUGCACCACGGCUGAAGAAGAUCUUGUCCUAGGGGCUCUUGUUUUACGGGCUGGGCUUGAAAAGGGGUUAAAGCCCGUUGCCUAUGGACAGCGACGGGUUGUCCCAGGGAGUCGUCCUAUCGCAGACUUUUUGAGGCAAACUGGCCUUGCCCAAGUUUAUGAGAAGGCUGGCUUCACGAUAGGCAUCCCCGGAUGCAGCUACUGCGUGGGCAUGGGUGCCGACGUGGCUGCGCCUGGUGAGGUUUGGUUGAGUAGUCAAAAUCGAAACUUUGAGAACCGCAUGGGCAGAGGUGCCAUUGGCCACCUGGCGUCUUCCGCCGCCGUUGCGGCGUCAUCGUUUAGCAUGACUAUAACAUCACCUCAGAACCUGGUUGAUAGUAUCCCGGACCAUCUAUGGGCCCAAUUCAAGAGCCGAGGAUCGUUGGUGGAUCAGGUUCAACCCGAUCCGUUUUGGGUUGAACCGCCGGGCGACGACUAUGGGAAGGCGGAGGAAGAGUGCACUGCAAAGGACUCUAGUGAUGAUGGCCUUGACACGAACCAAAAUAUCAUCAAUGGCAAGAUUUACAGGCUUGGAAAUUUUGUUGAUACUGAUGCGCUUGUCCCGGCACAAUUUGCUCUUUCGUCAAAGAACGAAGAGGAACUGGGCCAGCAUUGUUUAGAGUUCACAAAUCCCGAGUUUCGAGAGCUCGUCAAGAAGGGGCACACUAUUGUCGUUGCCGGAGAGGCAUUUGGAUGCGGCUCUAGUCGACAGGAGGCCGUACAAGCAUUGAUAGGAAUCGGAGUUCAGUGUGUCAUUGCCAAGUCAUUUGCUUUCAUCUACAGUCGUAACCAGCCCUCACUGGGUCUGUGGGGCUUCACCAUGGUGGACUCGGGGUUUUAUGAAAAGGCACAGACUGGAGAGGCCAUCAACAUUGAUCUCAGGCUCAACGAGUUGACCAUUGGUGGCGACCGGUUCCGGUUUCAGUUGACAGACAUAGAAAAGGCGCUUACAAAGCGUGGAGGCAUCAUCAAGGCCUUUAACCAGCACGGAACGAAGGUGUACAGUGUAAUCACGAGGGAUAACAGUGUUAGUGUUAAGAAGGUGAAAAAUGUAGAGGCACAACUAGUAGAUGGCAUGGCAUGGUAA